AUGCGACCGGUGAACUAUUUCUACGUGGUUUCCGGCGAGGAUGCGGAAUUCUUGUUGGCCCGCUACGGGCUGGCGGGCGAAUUCCUGGCUCGACCCUCGUACAGUCAAUCCGGAAAUUAUGCCCUUUCCGUCAGUCGAGGCCCUGGGCUCGGCAUCACCCACGUCCCAAUACAAACCAUCGGCGACUCGUUCACGCUUGUUGGCCAUGAAUUUGCGGCACUCACCGAGUUGAUACAGUAUUUCAUCGAACAUCCGAAAGAGUUGCGCGAGCAGGACGGGAAAACGAUCAAAUUGUUGAGGGCGGUCAGCAUCCCGUGGGAAGAGCCAUUGGCGAAAAUGGCACGAGGGCCAAUUGCGGAAAGAUGGUUUCAUGCCAAUCUCACUGGAGCACAGGCCAAGGAGAUUUUGCUGAAAGAAAAGCAAUGGGCUUACCUAGUCCGCGAGUCAGCUCGUCAACCCGGCAACUACGUCAUCUCGCUAAAAACCGGUGAAAGUGUAGUGAAGCACAUUAUGAUCACCAGGGAGAGCGAGAACGAGAUGUUCCACGUAAAUGGCGGCGACAGUUUUCGGACUAUCAACGACCUGCUCGCCCACUACAACAACAACCCGAUGGUGGAGAUGGACACGCAGAACGUUGUACACCUCAGAACGGCGAUACCCUCAUCCUGUUUUCCGGCCGACGCCAUCGAGAUUCGGCUCGCCGCUUUACGAUCUGAAACCCAUGCACCCGGUGGCGAUGGUAUAGACGAGGAAUUUAAGAAAAUUCAAAGCGCAGACGAUCAGCUGUACUCGCGAAAAGAAGGGAAGAAGCCGGCCAAUGUCAAGAAGAAUCGAUACAAAAACAUCGUCCCUUACGACCACACACGGGUGGUGUUGAAAGAUGUCCCGGAGGGCGAGAGCGACUACAUCAAUGCAAAUUAUAUCAAAAUCAACGAAGACAACCCGUUGCUCUGUUCCCAGCGCGAAUACAUUUCAACGCAGGGAUGUUUGGAGAAUACGGUAUGCGAUUUGCUGUUGAUGAUGUGGGAAUGUGAUUCUCGCGUGAUCGUGAUGACAACGAAAGAAGUUGAACGAGGACGGGCGAAGUGCCAUCGCUAUUGGCCAGAACACCAGCAACAAUACACCUGGGGCGAUUUUACCGUGAUAUGCUUGGAGGAAGUCAGCCAAAAAGACGCUUACGGCGAAGAAUGCUUCAUCAUCCGAAAACUGCAGCUGAUCAGGAACGGUCUUGAUGAGAAGCGGCAGAUUGCACAUCUUCAGUUUGUUGGCUGGCCGGACCAUGGUUGUCCCGAACAUCCGGAACCCGUGCUCAACUUUCUGGACGCGGUGGAAACGGCGGUGAAAACUCACGGCGGCGGCCCGCCGAUCGUCCAUUGCUCGGCGGGCAUCGGGAGGACGGGAACAUUUAUUGUUAUCGAUGUCCUCAUCAAUCAUAUUAAACGAUGUGGCCGUAGCUGCGCGAUUGACAUCCCGAGGACAGUAUUGCUAAUCCGAGAACAGCGUUCUGGCAUGGUGCAGACGGUAGAUCAGUAUCGAUUCGUCUACAAGGCCAUCUCCACGUAUAUUGAUCGGACAACGCCACAUCGACGGAGCGUCAACUCUCCGAAACAACCCCUCGCACCCCCUCCGCUUCUUCCUAGGAAACAGAAGCUGCCCGAUCAGGCUCGCUCUUACGUGAACGCUUCGAAAAUCGGAAACGGCGCC